AGAAAUUAUGUCGAUUCAAAAUGGGUAAUUUACCAACGCUAGUGAAGUUUAGUGCGGCACUUCUCUCCUGCAUUUUGGAUUAUACGCGGGCUGAUAACGAAUUACAAGUGAAAGGAGACGAGGAUCGUUUUUACGUAGUUGGAACUCGGUUGUGUACGGGCUCUAGGUUAGAGAAGGCUGUGCUCACCGGCCCUGACCAGGACGGACCACCACCGGGCACAGGAGCGUAGAUGCAGGGGAAAGAAUGUAUUGAAGGACACGGUGGCUGCAAGAGAUGUAGAGAUGGAACAUGUGCAAGAUGCGCAGUUCUUUUACAUCAAGGUACUUGUGUCGAUACUUGUCCACCAGGUCAUAUUGCAGAUUGGUCAACUAGAGAUGAAUACAUGGGCAGAAUUUGUAAAGAAACAGGAUAUAUGUUUGGAUUUACUGGUAGUCAAGUAGCCAUUUUGGUAGGAGUUGUUUCUGGUGCAACUAUAUGUAUUCUGAUAAUAUUAUGUGGGGCUAUAAUUGUACAUAGAAGAAAGAAAAAAGCUGCUAAGUUAAUCCAACAGUUUGAAGACAGUGCAGAGAGAAGAGAAUUUUUAAAACAUCUUGCAAUGCUUAGAGGGGAAGGUAACACGUUUCUUUCUAUGCUCAAUGAUACAAGGAGACAAGUUAGGGAGUUAUACUAUUCAGGAAAUAAUGGAGAUGGUGCUGUUGGAAUACAAGCCUAUAGACCAGUUUUGCGGGAUUUGGCAAGGAUACUGGUUCUUAUUAAUAGGAGAGACGAUGAAAUACCAAUUCCUCCAGAUGAUUGGCAAAGACUUUUUUCAUGGGCUGAGAGAUUAUUAAGAAGAUACAAAAGGCACAGCUCACCUGAAGUGGCUCAACUUAUAACAUUUUUACAACAACCAACAGCAUCCGUCCAAAUAAAUUCAACACAGCAAGUAACAAUCACACAAUCACCUCAGCCUUAUGAAACAAGAACCACUCCAACCAAUCUAACUACAUUCCAACCAAAUGCACCACUUACAACAUUUCAAGCAAGCGACAAAUCAAGUAUCAGCCCUGCAAGUUCCAGUCUUGGAUAUAUAAAAGAUAGCCCUGUGAGUUCCAGUCUUGGGCAAAACAGUUCUGGUGCUUAUAACGAGAAACUUAGUCCAAAUGGAUCUAGCAUAGGACAAACAACUCCACUAGUAUAUGAUAACCAAAAACGAUUGAAACCUUCGAAUACACAUUUCCAAGAACUUGCCAUUUCCACUUUUAAUCAUAAAUACAAUACUGGUGCAACAUUAACAGAAUCCACUUGUGCAAUAGAUGAAUGCGAGGCAAAUGGACUUGAUCGUGAAUUAAAUCCUCAGUGGGAAUUUCAAAGUAGUACAGAGGCUGCUAACUAUACUAUUUUAUCAGAUUGGUCACCUGCUCGUGAAUACCUCAUUGAUGACUUUACAAUUCUCGGUUUCCGACCACAAGAUGAAAUUACCACGGAAUUGUAAAUAAUAUAUAUUAUGAUAUACAUAAUUUAUAUAUUUCUUUAUAGUUUUUGCUCAUAAAUAUAUAUUUUCUAUAAAUAAAAAAAUUUUUCUAUUUUAUAAAUAGGAAAUAUAUAUUUCAUUUAUUUCUAUUCUUUCAUUCAUUCUAAAACUGUAAUAUCUAAAGCUAUAAUCGAAAAAUAUCAUGCACUCUCAUAUUAUUGGACUAAUUUAUUCGUAUAUAAAGCAUUUCCAGCCAUUCUUAUAAAUAAAAUUUUAAAUAAAUAUAUUAUUUCUAUAUCGUUCUUUAGACAUUCGAAUAUAUAUAAAAUAUUUCAUAAUUAUUAGGUUGAUUGAGACAAGUAAAUUUUUUAUACCAAAACAAAUAGAAAAAUUGUAGCUAAAGCUUGAUUUUCAAGAACCAAAAGUAAAAAUUUCCAGCCUAUAUUUCUAGCACAUGCUAUUUCAGGUAUUAGAUGGUAGAAUGCAUAACAUAUUAGUUUCUCAAUGUUUUUCGAGUAUUCAAGAGCUGUAAGAAAGAAAAUAGAUAUUAUGUUCUUAAUUUAUUCGUAAUCUACUAUGUUAAUGUAAUAGAUGUAAAACAUAUCUCUCAAAAUCAUUAUUCAGAAAUUUUCUGAUCUAAAUACAUAAUGUGCUAAUGCACAUUUGGUCCUAUACUUAAAGAGCAUGCGCCAGAAUUAAAACAUUUAAAAUCUUCAAACCAAAUCUUCGAAUUGUACAACAUAAUAAAAUACUUCUUAAUUUCUUUUUGUUUAGGAGAAGUUGUUUUUCUUGAUAUUCCAUGAUUUUGAAAAAAUCUGUAUGUGUCUGUAUGCAUGUAUGUAUCCUAGUUUGUGUAUUAUAUAUGUAUGAGUUCUACGAUAGAAUGAAUUUAUAAUACUAUCAGCUAAUUGUAAGCGUUUUGUUUAAAUGAUAUUCUUUAUUUAAUUUCUAUAUUACAAAUUAAUAAUUAUUAUAUAAUUUACUGUACUAGUCAAUAUUUCCUUUUAUGCAAGAAUAUGAAUUAUGUUAUGAAAUUAUGUCCUUAUACUACCAAUGUCUGAAGUAAGUCUAUAAAGAUAGUUUUAGAUCUUUAAUAUAAAUAUUUUUUUAUCGAUGCACCAACAUAUCAUUAUUAAAUAAAAAUUGCAAAAUAUUUACGAUAUAACACAUGUAUGUAUACAUACCUGUAUAUGUUGUUACACAAAAGACCAGAAUGGUCGGCUGUAUGUACAAAUUGAUGUAAAUAAUAUUUUACUAGCAAAUAUGUAAGAUGAUUAUAAAUAUAAUAUAUAUAUACAUAU